AUGGACUAUCUAAAAUCAAAAUGGGCGGUAUGGUUCAAGUCCUUAGAUGCUGACAAGGAUAAUAAGCUCACGAUAGAAGACAUGCAGAUUUCUGCGAAAAAGUUUGAAGAAAUAAAGAAAAUGUUAAUCGGCGAUAAUGCUAACGAAAACACUUUAAACAACACAAAAUGUUGGAACACUUACAUCUUUCGCAAAGGCCCUGGUGUAACAUUGUCUCUUGAGGAAUUCCAAGCUGGCUUAGGAGAAUCUUUCCAGAAAGACAAGGCAGCAUUCCGACAAGAAAUGGAGAGAUGUUUUGGCGAUAUCGCUGCUUUCGUUUCAGACAAUAAUGACAGACCAAUCCAAGAACAGGAGUUCGUCUUCGGAUUAAAAGUUUUUGGUCAAGAGAAUUUGGCACAAGUGGCCAACGCUUACCAGCUGUUCAAGGCCACCAAGGGUCAACCAACUGUUCAGCACAUAGUGGACGCCUGGGCCCAAUUCAUCGCUGACGACGACGUAACCAAACUGGGUACAGCCCACUAA